AUGGCACCGGCCAAGUACUCGAAUUCUGCUUCUGAGUACAGAUUCGAGGAUAGUCCGGCGUUGAGACACGGCUGUGCGGUGUGCAAGACGUGUCUCAACAAUCCUCGAGCUAAGCUUACUUGCUUUGGGAAACAUGCUGAACCGUGUGUUCGGUUCCAUCAGACUAUGUUCCGGCUGGGUUGUUCGCAUAAGUGUGAACCUUGUCGAAAUUCACUCGAACAACAUGACAAGAGACACCGCGAGAUUGGGACAUUGGUCAGAGAGAUCCAGGAGAUGGACAAUGACAACGGUUCCUCGUCUGCUGGCCUUGACGAAGGCGAGGAAGACUGGGUGGAUAUCGACGCAAGAACAGAGGCGAGCAUAGACGACUUGUUGCAGUUGCAGUCGAAUGACGAGUCUCAGCCAUCAUCAUCAUCAUCAUUAUCCUCCUCGCUGCCCUCGUCACCGUCGCCGCUGCUUCGCAAGUCGACAAGAAACCAACGAAGCGCCGCUAAGCAUGCGAAACAACUCGCCAGGGUGCUGAAGCGCAAGCAAAAGCUACGACCAGUCUCCCCGGGAUUGACGGCAGAGUUUAUCGAGAAGAUUCAGCUUGCGAUACACGAGUAUUCAGCAGCUAGCUUCAGCACGGCCGACCGCGAGAGGGUCAACCAAGCCCUGCUGAAAGACAUACAGAUAGAGCGUCGCAUCCAACAGCAGGAAGAUCAUCAUCUGGUGAAGAGCUCGAAGACUGCUGCUACUGCGGCAUUGGAGAUCGGUCACAUCAGAAACGUAAUGAGCAGUCUCGGCAUUGAGCCUCCUACGCCUACGUCCGUCGCCAGAGAGUCCAAGGAGCGCAGGACUCUUUUGGAAAAGCUGGGCAACGCCAUCAAGGUGGACAUCGAAACCGUCGCCAACGAGGCCCGGGAGACGAUGACGAGACAGGCGAGCUACUAUCGGUAUGCGGACCGGAGGACAUACAACGCCAUGGUGCGCAACAAACAGCUGUUUGACUGGCAGACGGGCAAGGAGCUGGCCGAACUGGCGUUGAAUGCGAAUGACGAGCAGGGAGACGAAACCGAAACCGUCUUGCAGGCAGAGGAGGAAGAGGGACCGAAUGAGCAGAACGGCGACGCGGACGUUGACUCUCGUGCGGCGACGACUGCUGAAGAAAGCCGGAAGGAAGACAGAACAACCAAUGCUAAUGCGUACGAGAACGACCUCGUCUUGUGCAGGUCCCCUGGCACACUCAUCUUCUCCUUGAAGCCUGCAGAAAAAAGCCCGGAGGAGGCCAACCACCAGGCAGCCGAUUCAGACUCGCAGCAGCCAGCUGAACCUGAAGGUCCUGAACAUCGGAGUCGCUCACCAGGACGGGAGAAGGAGACCCAGGAGACGCAGGAGACAGUACGAAUCGAACCGAUCAUCACGCACAUGAAACGGCAACCAGGAAGCAAGAAGAAGAAGGCGCAGAAGCGGAAACCUCUUUUGGAAAAGAAGCAGAAUUCAUUAAAUGCGAAGAAGAAGAAUAAGCCUGAAUCAUUGCCAGUUCGGAAAUCUUCCUCUUCUUCUUCUAAGGAGAAUAGGGAUGACGGCCAUGAAGAAGAAGAACAAGAGGAGUCCGCUGGAGUUUCGAUGCAAGAGGACCAGAAGGUAUCGCAAUUACAACCGGGUCAGUCAGAGUCGGAGACUGCGCAGCAUACCACUACUACUACUGCAUCGGUGGAAGCUACAAUCCUGGAAGACGAUACCAAGGAAUCUGAAUCAUCCGAUACAAAGUCUGAGAAGUCUGAGACAGAGGAUUCUCCCGUCCAGCAACCUAGUGACAUCACCCAGGACGAGGAGGAGGAAGAAGUCAUUAAAAUACAUGUGACGAUCAAUACCCUGCGUCGACGGCGGUUCCAGAGGAUGGUCCUGAGGCCUCGUCCCCGGGUGAACUGGGAGGCCAUGUUUGUGAAGUGGGCGAGCAUGAAGAUCCCAGAUCCGCGACGCGUGGUGGUGGAGGAUUAA